GCGCGCGUGUCACCUUUAACCUUUCACACGCACACAAACACGCACGCACUCGUUCCAGUGUCUCUGAUGGCCUUGGCGUCUCUCCGGUGGGGCAGCACUUUCCUGGUGGUCCUGAUCAUCUUCCAGUGUGUCUGCAUGAUGUUUUACAAGCAAAACACACCCUCGUUCGGAGAUGUGAUGACUGACACAUUUCAGAAGAUGGGCUGUGCAAAACUCAGACACAAGUUUUCUGUUAUCAAGCCUGCCAAAAGUAUAAAGUUCAAGAGUUUUGCGCGUGAGGUGUCCGAUUUCCUGAGCUGUCCAUACAAAUCCAAUGAAACUGAGCAGGAGCUGAACAGAAUAAGGCUGCGGUUCUGCUGUAACGCCACAGAGUCAUUUGUCCUCACCAAACGCAACACAGCCGUCAAUCAGUCCAUCCCAUAUGAAACCAACAGUAGACGCACCUACAAAAUGAAUGCAGACGUUCACAAGUUGCUGCCCGAGGACUCCCCCUGGUCUGCUGGUGCUCUGGGUCUCUGUGCUGUUGUCGGCAGCAGUGGCAUCUUGAAGAACAGCAGCUGUGGACGCCAGAUCGACAGCGCAGACUACGUCAUCCGGUUUAAUUUGGCGUUGAUCAAUGACAGCGAUGUUGGACUGAAGACGAAUCUGAUCACUAUCAACCCCAGUCAGAUCCGUGGAUACAGGAACCUGGAGAAGAAACCGGGUCCGCUAGUGAAGCGUGUCAGUGUGUACGGAAACUCCUCCCUCAUUAUUCCUGCAUUUGCAUAUGUAAUCUGCACCUCGCCAUCCCUCCGGGUCCUCCGAGUCCUGCAGCCAAUCAGACCUCAGCAGCCGGUGCUGUUUUUCAGCCCACAUUACCUGCGUGCUCUGGACCGCUUCUGGAAGGGGCGUGGCCUCAAGGAGAGGCGCCUCUCUACUGGCUUUAUGCUAAUUAGCGCUGCACUUGAAAUGUGUGAGCACGUGCACGUGUACGGAUUCUGGCCCUUCGGCACCGACCUGCAGGAAAACCCCAUUCCUUACCAUUAUUAUGACCAGAUGAGGAGCGGGUCCGUUCACCGCAUGCCGGAGGAGUUUCUGCGUCUCCUGCAGCUCCACAGCCAGGGGGCGCUAACGCUGCACCUGCAGCCCUGUGACACGCACUGAAACGCUGCAUUAACGGUGCACAUUACUCAUUUAUUCAUGUGAGAGCACAUUACAGGCUGCUGCUGUUCUUCAGGCAGUGUAAUUUAGGAAAACGGGGAAGCUCAGCAGUAUUUAUGCAUCAUCUGUACAUCAGUGUGUGCCUUUAAGAUAAUCAUGUCAGAUUUAGCUCACUUUAAGAUGGUUCACCCAAACAUUCUGUCACCUUUAUGAAUUUCUUUUGUUGAAGAUAUUUCGAAGAAAGCUGGAAACGUAACAAUUUUUUUUUUUAGCAUUCUUCAAAAUAUCUUCUUUUGUGUUCAACAGAAACUCACAAAGCUUUAAAACUGCAUGAGGGUGUUCAAUUACUUUUUUGGGAGAACUGUUCCUUUAAAAGGGAUUGUUUUGUCCUCCGGCCGUGCAGCUCUUACUCUGGUGUUGUUUACUGAGACUUGAAAUACACAGAGAGAAAUGUUUAAUGCGUUUGAUAUGGACAUAAGUUAUUUAUAAGUUGAAUGCAUUUGAUUUUGUGUUAGUGAAACUGUUGAAAUAAAAGCAUUUUCUAACAUGUUAAAUAUC